AUGUUUCAGGAAUUUUUCCUUCAUCUAGAAAAUUUGGCUGACGUUCAUGGUGCUGAUGCACGUGAGGUUCUCAAAUCUUCGGAGUUAUCGCCGGAGCAGUUGGUCGAUGUAUGGGAUUUAUCUGACCUCAACAAAGAUGGCUGCCUAGAUACAGGAGAGUGGACACUCGCUUGUCAACUUGUUCGACUCCACAAACAAGGCUACAAACUAGAGGGCAGUAUCAAUGGGUUUACCUACUUACCAGAUCGAAUCUCGCUUAACUCACUUCAGGCCAGGAAACAGAGAGUAAAUGAAUAUGACAGUUACAAGCAGAGACUUAUGUCUAUUAAGGAAAAACGGAAAGCUCAAGCAGUCCAAGAGAGCAGACGCCUGAGUUUGAUGAAAGAUAAAGUCUCACUUGAAAAGGAUUUGUAUGCUGCCUUGACCAGACUUGGAAGGAGUCCAGUUAGUGAGGACAGACAUAGCAGGCUGACCGCAACUGAUAGUCAGGAAAUCGAAAAACUUAAGGAGAUCAUAGCUAGAUUGAAGAAGGAGCACGAAAAGAUUCGACAUGACACUGUCAAGGUGAUUUUAGGGGAACAGAAAUUACACGGAGAGAACGCCAUUAUAAAGGAGGAGACCACAGAGCUCAAUAAAGUAAGGACUGUUGUGAUCCCCUCCCUCGAACUCCUCAAUAAAGUAAGGACUAUUGUGAUCCCCUCCCUCGAACUCCUCAGUAAAGUAAGGACUAUUGCUAUCCCCUCCCUCGAACUCCACAAUAAAGUAAGGACGAUUGUGAUCCCCUCCCUCCAACUCCUCAAUAAAGUAAGGACUAUUGUGAUCCCCUCCCUCCAACUCCUCAAUAAAGUAAGGACUAUUGUGAUCCCCUCCCUCCAACUCCUCAGUAAAGUAAGGACUAUUGUGAUCCCCUCCCUCGAACUCCACAAUAAAGUAAGGACUAUUGUGAUCCCCUCCCUCGAACUCCUCAGUAAAGUAAGGACUAUUGUGAUCCCCUCCCUCCAACUCCUCAAUAAAGUAAGGACUAUUGUGAUCCCCUCCCUCCAACUCCUCAUAAAGUAA